CUUGUCGGAGUUCCAAGUUUCUUGGGAAGAAUGGUUAGGGGAACCUAAUGGAAGAGAUUGCAAGGUUUGGGGAACUGGUGAAACAGUGCUGCUCAAAAGGCUGAAGGGCAGGGUAUUUGUCCGUCGAAGUGGGCUGAGGGCGUCUGCAGGGAAGUCGCUGUGUGGGGCCUACGGUGUGUUGGGUAUGACAGGCACCCAGAGGAGGAAGACCAUGAAAGCUGAGGCUGUGGAAGGGGCAUCUAUGUAGAUGAUCCCUAAUGACUGGUGGCGGCUGAGCCUAUAGACUGCAGUGUGAAGAACCACAAGAAGGUUCCAUCAUGAAGCUACGGCUCCACUUCGUCGUGGACCCCAUGGGCUGGCUCUGCAUCAGCGUGGUCUUCUUCAUUUGGCUCUACAACUCCUUCUUCAUUCCCUACCUCGUGCUGCUGCCACACUUCCGAGAGGGACAUGUGUCCAAGCUCGUGGUCGCAGGCUACUACCUGGCGUCCGCGCUGUGUCUCGUGGCACUGUUCAGGGCUUCCACCACGGAUCCAGGCCGAGUUCCGCAGAACCCUCACAUUCCCCACUCUGAGCGCGACCAGUGGGAGCUGUGCAACAAGUGCAACAUGAUGCGGCCCAAGAGGUCCCACCACUGCAGCCGCUGUGGACACUGUGUGCGCAGGAUGGACCACCACUGCCCCUGGAUCAAUAAUUGUGUAGGAGAGGACAACCACUGGCUCUUCCUGCAACUCUGCUUCUACACCCAAGUGCUCAGUCUGUUUACUCUGGCACUGGACUUCUGCCAGUAUUACUACUUCCAACCUCUCAGCAAAGUUGACAUGGAGCAGUUCUCCUCUCGCCAUGAGCUGGCCCUUCUGCGCAUCUCCACCUUCAUGGGUCUACUGAUGUUCGGAGGAAUGAGCGGUCUUUUCUACACCCAGAUCACUGGGAUCCUCGCUGAUACAACCACCAUUGAGAAAAUGUCCCACUUCAUGGACCAAAUGAAGACAGCCAGGAAGCCCUGGCAGCAGACGUUUGCCGAGGUCUUUGGCACACACUGGAAGAUUCUGUGGUUCCUGCCUUUCAGACGGUGGCGUCCUCUGCGUGAUGCCUACCACUUUCCCAGCCAUGUGUAGACGGUUGGAGUAUCCUUCCCAACCCCGUGCCACCCGCCAUUUUGACCAGCCCCCAGCAGACAUCCGUGGGUCGCUGUAUUGAUGCGUGCUGCCUUGGCUCUUGUCGUCGCUCCUCUCUGCUUCUUCACCCCCUGCCCUCCGAAAGAACUGUUCACAUGUUAUACUUCAUCCAUACUGUAUUCCUCUAGGCAGUUCCCUCCCCUUUUCAUUUAAAUUCAAGCCACACUGUAUUCAUUUUAACCCUUAAUUCAAAGAGAUAAGUAUGAUACCUAUUCAUGAAACAAGAAUUUUUUUCCUCCUCAUAUAUAUGUUUACUUUAAACUCCACAUGAAAAGACUUGAAACACUUUAUUCUUUUGUUAAUUGCUGCAUCAUAUCUAAUCAGGGAAAAACAGGGUUUGUAGAUGGGAGUGUGUGUGGUGCAAUGUGUUGCUUGUGCAGGCAUUGUGGUACUGAUGCAUGUGAAGCAUGAACUUUUUUUUGUUAUUCACAGUGAAUUGUUAUAAUAGUUUUUGUUUUAAGACUGUGCUUUUUUUUUUUAAUUUAAAUUAUGAAUCCAUACAAGCUUCGCAGAGGUUAGAUAUGACUCAGCAAUACACGUAAAUGUGUUCUCGAUCAGUCUUAAACAGAACUGGCCACAGAGUCCUGCUCCUCAGCACUGGCAGACAAAGCCAAGUUGUAACUAUCUUGCUGACAACACUCCCAGAAAAUUCCACUCAAAAUAUGGUGUGUUUAGUUGGAGGACUGUAGCGGUUUCCUUCGAUUCCAUUGUAUAUGAAGCACGAUCACUGCAUAGUCUUAAGUGCCUCUGUAGAAAGCUGUCUCGUCUUUAUGGCGGUGCACGUCAGCCCAUCGAUCAACAGACCAAAGACCAACAUGCCUGUGUUGUUGGGUGUGGCAUUAGCUAGUUGAACUAGUUAUGAUCUGACACGUGUUUCAGCCGUAUUACCCUGUGCUCCUUGGGAUUGAUUCUGGACCACCAUGGCUAAACAGUUACUGAAAAUGGACUGGUGAACAGAUAAACGGUUUGAUGAAUUGAUAGAUUGGAUGGAUAGAUGGAUGGAUUUAUGGACUGAUUGGAUGGUUUCUUCCGCAGCUGACAUAACUCAUCCUUCCACAUUUCUACAAAGUGAUGGCUGGAGUUGUCCUGUUGCUGCAAAGCCAUAGCAAUGUUGAUAGAUGUUGAUGCUUGGAUGAAUUGAGUUUUUUUUCCCCCCCUACCCUGCAAGGGUAAAGUUUGGUGAAUUUGUACCGAAGGGACUUAUUGCAAUCCGUGGUACACAACUGUGGAAUAUUUCCGAAAUGUUAUUUGUAAAUCUUGAUGCUGUCUUAUGUAGAGUACGCGUCUUGGUGCACAUGGUAAAUCAGCACUUUAUUCUCUUUCAUACAUUUAACGAAACAUAUCCAACACUGCAGAGUUAGAGUAUGAAGAUAAUCAGUGGAAGUUGUCAAUAUUUAAGGUGCAACCUUUUGUUGCUUGGUAUUGAAAUUUUUGCAAGACCUGUUUCAAUUUGUGCUACUCCACUUUAUAUGCCAGUUUAGAAAAAUGUAAGUAUGAUAAUGUUGGGAAUGUUUGAUUUUAAUCUUACAUUUUAAGCUGUACACAGGGAUGAAGAAAUGCUCACUGUAAAAUCACCACCUGUCCUCUCGUCCUCUUCCUCAUAUUUAACACUGUGGUA